GACGCGCCUCGUUUUGAAAGCUGGUUUGACUCCGGGCUGAGGAGGGUCCGGAGCUCCGACAGAAAAAUCCUGAGUAUAAAGUCAGGACUUAAUUUGUUGUUGGGUUGGGGUGCUCAUUUCGCUAAAUGUUCUCUUACUAUCUGAACUUAGCAAAUGUACAUUCCUUGAAAAGAACACAAAUGAACCGAAUGUCCCUGAAUGCCUCACGAUAGACGCGCCUUACGUGAUCUCCGUAAACAGAAACAAACAUGGCGCCGCGAAAGUGAGGAGAAGUCUGAUGUGAGUGUUUUUAAAUUUAAUAAGAUUGAAAUGAGUCAUGAUUGAUGAAGCUGUUAAACUAAAGGGCACGCGGACAGUCUCACCUGUAACCAGCUCAACAGGUGCUCACUCUACCUGCUGUCGCUCAGGUCAGGUGUGUUCUCAUUGAACAGGUGCUCACUCUACCUGCUUCAAACUGAGCAGUCGGACCAAUGAGAGGAAGAACAGGACCUUCAUCAUCAUCAUCAUCAUCAUCAGUCGGUCCGCCGCCGAAUAGGAUGGCGCUGAGGAAGCACGCUCUCCAGGAUGUCGCCGACGUUCCCUCUGGAAGCCAACGCAGCGACCACAACACGCAGGAGGGCGGAGCUCCGGACGACCACAGAGACGACAGAGACGACAGAGAUGACGAGCUCUCAUCGCCACUUCUGCCUCGCUCGCCCCGAGAGAGACGCCGGAGAGAGAAGGACAACAAAGCCAAAGAGAUGACGGAGGACGAGAUGAUGGACUUGGCGUUGCGUCUGAGUGAACAGGAAGCCAGCAUGACGGCGAGCAGGAUGCAGAAAGAGGAAGAGGCGGUGAUGAAAGCCAUCGAAGAGAGUAUGGGAGAGAGUCAGACACGAGCCUGCGCUCCGCUCGCCGGCCCUGAAGCUGCACUCAGACUCUGCUCGCGACGGAAACUCUCCUACUCCAACAGGAAGCAGGGAGAGGUCGGCUGCUCGCCGCACGCCACAGAGCUGAACGGAGAAGGUAGAGAAGCAGCCGAUGACAGUCGGAGUCUGAAGAGGAAGAGAAGAGCAGGAAGUCCGCUGCUGGAGAUGCCCGACUUAUCUCAGACUCAGAAGAUCUCUCAGGACUCAGCGUGCGGCUCGGAUCCUCUGGACCUGCAGCCGGACUCCCAGCAGGUUUCUCUGGACCUGCAGCUGGACUCCCAGCAGGUUUCUCUGGACCUGCAGCCGGACUCCCAGCAGGUUUCUCUGGACCUGCAGCUGGACUCCCAGCAGGUUUCUCUGGUCCUGCAGCCAGACUCCCAGCAGGUUUCUCUGGACCUGCAGCUGGACUCCCAGCAGAGCUGUGACUCCACCCAGAUCGACGAAGGUAGAUCUCCGGUCUUCCCCUCUACGGGCUGCCGAGCGGAGGUCCUGGUCCCCCGUCUGAGUCAGAACCUGCUGCAGUCCUGCAGGACCUCAGGGUUCGUGUUGUGCUCUCAGGACUCUUCAGACGACCCUCUAAAGUCUCCGCAGGCUCAAACCAGGAGCCCCACGUUCCCCCAAAGAGAGCCGGCUGUGUUCUCAGAGACGGAGCAGGUGGACGACUCGGAGACCCAGCUGAGUCCAGAGGGGUCUCAGAGCCCGGUGUUUGGAAGGACCACUCAGCACCAGAAGUCUCCGAGUGCCUGCACACUUCAGGUCUGUAACUCAGGGUUCAAGUCCUCCUCUCAGGAGAGUUUAUCCUCCUCUGUGAGGUCCGCGUCCUGUCGCCCUCGGAGCCCCGUGUUCCCGAGAAUCCUUGACCUUCACGAGACCCUACCUCCACCUGACAGAUCCGGGGUCUGUACAAGUCCAGUCUUCUCAGAUGAACAGGCUGAGCAGGGUCCCGUUGGCAGUCUGAGCCGGGUGUUGGACAGGACUGGCAAACGGACAAAGAUCCAACAGGCAACUGCUCAGAUCCGAGAGGACAAGAAGACUGAUCCAGCUCCAGGUGUCGCCUGUCACGUGACACCUCCAUCAGACGAGGAGCUGACUGAAGUGAUCAGAGACUCAUCAGAGACGGAGCUGAGCAGCGACAUGAAGCUGCUCUGGUCUGAUGACGACGACGCCGACGUGACGCCGGCGGCGGUGGCCUCACCCAGCCCGGUCUUCCCAGAGGAGAGAGCCGUGGAUCGGGCAGACGGUCAGACGGCGUCCCUGAAUCACACGACCGGAACAAAUGGCGGCGACUGCAGUCAGCAGACCUCCACCUCAGAGCGAGACCCUCACCUGCUCAGCUGUCAGGCGGCGGUCAGCAGGUCUGCAGGCGGAGGGACGGUGCAUUACUAUUGGGGGGUUCCCUUCUGUCCCCGAGGCCUGAACCCAGACUCCUACACACAGGUGAUCCUGGCUCAGAUGGAGGUAUAUGAGAAGAGUCUGAAGCAGGCUCAGAGGUGUCUGCUGAGGAAGGUGGAGUGGGGCGAGGCCGUCCUGCCACAGGUCGAGAAAUCUCCUUUACCGGAGUCAAUGUCGCCUGAACCGUCUGACCCACCUGAACCGGACGUUCCCCAAAGACGACUUCUCAGAAAGAGACGAAACAGACUGAGUGAGGACGUCGAUGACUCUCCUGCUGCUGAGGGGAAGGAGCAGGAAGACAAGACGGACGGAGAGGAGGAGAAGGAAAAGGAGACCACAGAAGAAGAGAAGAAGAGUGACGGAGGAGGAGGGCAGGGGGAUUCAGACGACUGUGAGGUCUGUCCAGAAACCCAACUGAGCCACGAGGAAGACGACGACAGGACUCAGGAUCUGAUGAUGGACACUGACGCUGGAGCACAGAUCCAUCCUAAAGACCCCGAGUCGCCGGUCAGAGACGAGCGAGCAGAGGAAGAGGAGAUGGAGACGGACGCUCCUGUGGACACGAAGACGAAGAGACCGUCCUCCGUUAGCAACGCUGAGGGAGGACAAGCGGUGAAAAAUGGCGAGGAGGAGGUUAAAGGUGGUCGUCUUCAGAGGUCGCCGUCUCCUGAACCAGACGUGGUCCCUCAGAGUCCUAAGACCAGCGUGGACUGUCCCAUCUGUCAGGGCUCUUUUCCUGUGUCCCAGAUCGAGAUGCACGCCGCCUACUGUGACGGGGAGGUCGCCGUCGUACACGAGAGGAGGCCGAGAGCGAACUGUUGUCAAGAUUCUCUGAAGCCGCGACGGAAGAGAACACGAAGAACAGACGUGACAGAAGACGAGAACAGUCAACCGUCCAACUCUGGAAAGAACACGGAGAAAUGUUACAUGUGUCUCAGAGACGUUCCAAUUAGAGACUACGGGCGCCACACGGAGCUCUGCGUCCAGCGGCAGGAGUCGAAGACGGCAGCGAGAGGAAGUCUGCUGUCGGCUCUGGAGCACACAGACGGCAGAGAUUCAGAGGCCGGACCGUCUGGAUCCAAACCCGUGACGGGAGAAGUCAUUGAUCUGCUGGACGACGACGACGACGACGAGGGCGACGGCGUCCCGGCUCCCAGGGUCAGUGACUCUCCCAUCAGAGCCUUCACUCCCAUCUCGGAGGCGGCCGACUGCCUCAUCGACUUCAAGAAACAGAAACGACUGAAGAAGCCGGGACAGAGACGGCGAUGAGGACGACUGAAAACGAACAAAAAACUGGAACCCAGAGCCUUAAAGGGACGAGUCGUCGGGUCGGAGCGGUCGGCGCGGUCGGCGCUCUGAUGAAGAACGACUCGUCUCGAACACUCAGACAUCAGUUAAAGUUUUUUUUCUGCAGGUCAUCGAACGUAAACUUGAAUAUUCAUAAUCUUCUGUUUUAAACGUUUUCCUGUUUUUGGUUCCAAUAAAUGUUUUUAUGUUUUUAAA